AUGUAUGCCAGGGUCGCUUUGAGGCCAUCUGGGACUCUGGCGUUCAAGGUGCUCUGCGUGCUCUGCGUGCGCUGCGCGCUCGCAGCGGCCGUGCGCCCUGCCCUGCGCCCCGCGGCGCGCGGCUUCGCCGCGUCGCCGCUGGACACGACGGCGAAGCUCUAUGAGGACUUGGUGGACAAGUCGCUGAAGGACGGCGCAAGCUUACUUUGCUGUGUUUAUGGCCUGUCCAUCUGCUGCUUUGUGCCAGAACAGCAGCAUGCCAGUGAUACCGUUCGUGAGAAGCCCGGAGAUUUCCAUAAGGUUGCCGCAGACUUGGAUGCCGAAAUUUCCAACAGCAAGGUGGUGUUGUUCAUGGAGGGCACUCCCGAUGCUCCCAAGUCCGAGCCGAGCCUCAAUGCCGUGAAGAUGCUCACCGAAGCCCAAGCGGUGCCCCUGACCUCUGUAAAUGUCCUGGCACAUCCGGCAAUCCUCGGCUACACGGUGGCAAAGACGCAGAAGCGAAGAACACCCCACCUCUACGUGAAUGGAAGCUUCUACGCUGACUAUGACGGUAUGCUUUCGCAGCAUGGCACAGGGCAGCUGGCGAAGAACCUCGGGACCGAAGCGACGAAGAGCAGCGGCGUCUUCGGCGGGGAGCUGCCCAUUGCCACCUACUGA